UCUCCAGUCUCUGUUGGCCUCCGCCGCCUCUCCAUCCUCUUCCAAUCCGAUCCUUUGGUCCCUGAAGGGCUUGCCCUUCGACUCGUCGCCGGACGCCGGUCUCUUGUCCAAGCAGGGAGGACGCGACCCUCCUCUCAUCGGCCGACGGCGGUGCAUUCAGAUGUUAAAAAAUAUCUUCAGCAACACAUGGAGGAAUGGAUUUCUUGCACCAGAGUACAGAAAAAGGGCAGUUUCAUAUGUUUGUAGAAACAAUUUUCAUGAUGGACAGGUUCUCAGUGCCCCAAGAAGCUUCUUUGGUGUUGAAGAUUUUGUGGAUGAUGACAACAGCAGACCAUACACAUACAAAAAGGAGAAGAAAUCAAAGAAUCCGCAAAAGCAUGUUUCGUUCAAGCAGCGGACAAUAGCAUACAUGGAGCCCUUCUCACUUGACGUGUUUAUAUCCAAGCGGUUUGUUUCAGCUUCGCUCACCCACAGGGUGACAUGCAAGCAGGUUGCAGUCGCAGGGACCAACUCAAAAGACAUCAAAGCAGCUCUCCAGUCCAGAUCAGAUAUACCUGCUUGCCUGGCCGUUGGUCGGAUCUUAGCUGAGAGGGCCAGAGAAGCUGAUGUUUACACUUGUACUUACACUCCAAGAGACCGCGACAAGUUUGAAGGGAAGAUACGAGCAGUUGUUCAGUCUCUUAUAGAUAACGGUAUCGAUGUUAAAGUUUAUCUUGAUUGAUGAUUUGCUGGUGCAUGAAAUCUUUGUUGGAACAGUCUAAAACAAAAAAGGAAUAUUGUAAAGUUGGUGUUUCUUAGUUAAUAUUUUAUCACCUAUCUAAAAUAAACUUGUUCAGGAUGGGUACUUCACCA